UUCGACUCAAAAACAAUUAAAGUAUCGGAAAAUGAAAUUUCAAGAAAAUCUUGUUAUUGCCGUAGGCUUUGCCAUGGCGCUGGCAUUUGUAAAUGCUUCCAAUUUUAUAGGUUAUGAGUCGGAUGGUGGACUCUUAAGUUUUAUGGCACGUUCCAAUGAACUAUUGCGACAGGAUCCGGCACGUUCUUUGGAAUGCUUUAACUACUAUAUACCGUUAAUAAAUGAGAUUGCCAAAAGAUAUGAAUCGAAUUAUCAGGCUUGUUUAAACGAAUCAGAUGCCGCUCGUGCUAAAGCUGAUGAAGCAACUUACGAUGAACGUAACAAUUUGGCAAUUGCUGCUAAAGCUUCAUGUGACAUGUUGAGUCAGUGCAAUGAAGGUGAUUAUGUUGAGGGCAUAUUUCAGUGUUAUAUUGAUGGAGGUGCUGCUAACAUACAAACCAUGUACUCUAUUAAUGCCAACGCUUCCCAAGAAUUGGCUGCCUUGCGGGAACAAUACUACUUAAUUAGAACUGAUGAGUACAGAUGUACUAACAAUACAAAACGUGUAUAUGAAAAGGAAUCAGCUGAAGCGUACGCCAAUCUAAACAGUUGUAUUUUGGGUAAUUCAGAAAUACCCACACAAGGACCAGCAACUACUACAACUGAAGUGCCUACUACAGAAACGACAGAAACAUCACCAUCCGAGCCGGAAACAACAUCAGAAGAGCCAGAAUCUACAGCCGCAGAAACUACAACUAUUGAACCACAAACAACAGAACCAGUGGAAUUAAGUUCACCCUGGUAUUACAAUAACUAGACGAUUAAAUAUUUAAGCAAAAAUAAAUUUCAGUUUUACAGUGGAUAAUUAUAAUCAAUACUAAAUAUAUACAUAUAUACGUA